CGUGCGUCAAAAUACAACAUGCGUAAUGUAACGUCAACUUGUUUUGUAAAAAAUACGACUUGUUUCUAAAUUGCACUUUUGCUUAUUUCAUACGGAAAGGAGAGCGAAUAAAUCAGAAAAAUGAUGAAGUCAGUACGAUUCGUGAACAGGCUACAUAAUACAGUAUUCCAAAAACCCGGCGUUACGUUGCGGCCUGGAGCUGUAGCAUGGAACCAAAUUCAUCAGCGUCAAAAGGCUUCGGCUGCCCAGCCGCAAGAAACAGCUCAGACCACAUCUCCCAAAACAGAGGAAACCAAAUCAUUUGUAAUGGGUCUUUUCAGAGGUCAGAUCAACCCUGCAGAAGUGUUUCCCUAUCCUGAAGUAAUGAAUGAAGAACAGAAAGCCACACUUGAAAUGUUAGUGGACCCAACGCAGAAGUUUUUUGAGGAAGUCAAUGAUGCACAGAAGAAUGACACCUUGGAAAAGGUUGAAGACGACACAAUGCAGGGCCUUAGGGAGAUGGGGGCAUUUGGGCUACAGGUCCCCACUGAUCACGGGGGACUGGGAAUGACCAACACACAGUACGCUCGUCUUGUUGAAAUCGUUGGCGAGUCUGACCUGGGUGUCGGCAUCACCCUCGGUGCCCACCAGUCCAUCGGCUUCAAGGGAAUCCUUCUCUAUGGCUCCCCAGAGCAGAAGGAAAAGUACCUCCCUACACUGGCCUCUGGAGAGAAGAUGGCUGCCUUCUGCCUGACUGAGCCCGCCAGUGGUUCCGAUGCAAGCUCAAUCCGCACCAGGGCGGUCCUCAGCGACGACGGCAAACACUUCCUCCUCAAUGGCAGCAAGAUAUGGAUCAGCAAUGGAGGUCUGGCCGAAGUCUUCACCGUGUUUGCACAGACUCCUGUCACUGACUCAGAAGGCAACACCCAAGACAAGAUCUCGGCGUUUAUUGUCGAGAGGUCCUUUGGGGGAGUCAGCAAUGGUCCACCUGAGAAGAAGAUGGGUAUCAAGGCUUCUAACACAGCUGAGGUUUACUUUGAAGAUGUCAAGGUCCCAAGAGAGAAUCUCCUUGGUGAGGUUGGAGAAGGGUUCAAGGUAGCCAUGAUGAUUCUGAACAAUGGACGAUUUGGAAUGGGUGCUGCACUGGGUGGUACCAUGAAAGGCCUCAUCAAGAAAGCUGUUGAGCAUGCAGCAGGUCGCAAGCAGUUUGGCUACACCAUUGACUCAUACGGCGCCAUCCAGGAGAAGUUAGCCCGUAUGGCUAUGAUGCAAUACGUGAAUGAGAGCAUGGCCUACCUCCUCUGCGCCAACAUGGACUCAGGUUCUAAGGAGUUCCAGCUUGAAGCCGCCAUCAGCAAGAUUUUUGCAUCGGAGGCAGCAUGGUUUGUUGCAGAUGAAGCAAUCCAAGUUUGUGGAGGAAUGGGAUUCAUGAAGGACUAUGGAUUAGAGAGAGUAAUGCGUGAUCUUAGGAUCUUCAGAAUCUUUGAAGGAACCAACGACAUCCUGAGACUCUUUGUCUCUCUUACAGGAUUACAGAGUGCUGGCAAACAUCUGCAAGGAUUACAGAAAGCCAUGCGCAACCCUGCAGGCAACAUUGGUGUGAUUAUGGAUGAAGCAAACAAGAGAGCAAAGAGGAUGGUUGGAAUCAGCUCUGGCCCCUCACUGAAUCAGUAUGUCCAUCCCGACCUUCAAGAAUCUGCCGCCAAGGCUGCGACGUCCAUCGAGGAGUUCGGUGUCGCCGUCGAAGGCCUCCUCGUCAAACACGGCAAGAAGGUCGUUGAUAAGCAGUUCAUGCUCUGGAGGCUAGCCGAUGCAUCUAUUGACAUCUAUUCUAUGAUGGCCACCCUCUCAAGGGUAUCACGAUCGCUCUCGGAAAAUGCCGCAUCCGCCGAACACGAGAAACAGAUCUGCCAGCUGUGGUGCAGUGAGGCCUCGGAGCGGGUCACGCGUAACCUCAAGACUCUUCGCUCCUCGGAGUCAGCGGCCAACUUUGGCCGACUAGCAUCCAUCUCACAGCAGCUCGUCCAGAAUGGCGCUACCGUCCCGGAACACCCCCUCAAAUGCUGAUACCUAACCACUGACGGGAUCGACACGCACAGCCAGCAAAUAUUUGAACACUUAGCAUUAUGUACAUAUAUGUUAUAUAAUAGACAAUUAUGAUAUGUAUAUUGCUUACCAUUGAUAUGAAGCAUGAGCUAUUUUGAAACCUUGUUAUACUAACUGGUCAUCAUUUAUUUAAAGAAAUACUUCCCAGAAUACUUGGUUCUUGUUGAUUGAAUAUCAAUAAUAAUCAUCACUUGCUAGAGGUGAUUGAUGAUGUGUGUGAUACAUCAAAUUUGAUGAAGGUAUAUUGAAGUAAUCCUAUAGAUAUUUGAAUCAACGUAACAUUUAUUGAUGAAUAUUAGAGAAUUUAAUAUAUUUUUAAAGACAUGGAUUGAUUAUGAAUCAUGGAUGAAUUCACCAAGAUUGAAAUUCAAUAAGAAAUAAAGGAAUACAUGUAACAUGCAAAUAUUAAUGUGUUUUUCUAGGACCCAAAGAUGUAAAAUUAUUUCUAUUUAAGUUGGUGGAAGCUGAUAUUGUAUUUUUUCUUUUGUAACAAGUAUUACAGUUGAUGUUUAUAAUCAAAAUGUAAUAUUCCCCUUCAACAAUAUUCGUGACAAAGAAUUUAGACAAUUGUGAUUUCAAGUAUGGCGUUGGUGAGCUCGAGCUCACGAACAGAUUGAAAAUAUCAAAAGUAAAGCUUUUACAGUCACAUUCACAAUAAGAGCCAAACAUCAGAGCUUUGUACAUUAGAGUAAUGAAUUUAUUAUUUGCCCUUUCUUAAUUUUAAUGUCAUUUUAGCUUAUGCAUUCUCUGUGAUGUAACUUCAAGUGCAAUUUUGCUUUUCAUCAGCCAGGCUUACUUGUGAAGUUAAAGCAAAUGCGCUUAGACGUAACAAAUCACAUCAUUUUGAGCCAUCGAUGACAGGACCAGUAUUGUCUUUAAGCUAAUUGUUGGAGCUUGGUUCAGCAGCCUUUUCUCUGCACCAUCUCUUAACACCAUACAUGAAAUCACUCAUUGUGAACUACAUAUUGGUUUACAAUUACUAAGUUAACUUAAGUUGAAAAUUGGACACUUGUGGAAUUAAGUUGCUAGGAUACAAAGGUUUCCAAUAAAUUAAAAUCCUCUUUUUUUUAAUAUCAAAUAUGUGUAUGGUUAACUUCUGGGUACCAUUUAAUGGUAUAUAUAUUGGAGUGACUGUGAGAUAUUGUGGAGUUUGAUCAAAAUUUAAUCAUUAAUAGCUCAAGAGUAGUAUGUUACACCCUGCUCCCAAAUAUAAUUCAAGAAUUAAUAAAAUUAAAAGAAUAUUGGAAUGAAAAAAGGGACACGAUUGAUUGUAUUUUCUCUUUGCCAAAUUCCAUUCAAGUUAGCUGUGGUAUGUAUUUAAUGGAUCAAGAUUUUAAGCAGCAAUUCAUAUGAGUUUUCUCUUCUCUAAUACCACAAUAUGAUACUGUAUGUAAUUGCCUGAUUUGUUAAAAGUGUAUUUGUCAUUUUUAUUUAUACAUUAUUACAUCAUAUAUUUCUAAACGUGUAUUCUUUUUAUUGUAAAUGCUGCAGUAUUGUUCUUUAAAAUGUAAAAGUUUUAGGCUUGAAUGGUCCUAUAUAGCCAUUAAAUGUUACACAAAUAAUGCACUGGGAAUAGUGUAGUUGAGAUGCAGUGCACUGAGGGCAUUUACAGUGGUUCACGUUUUAUUUGCUACAUUCUUAAAUCGUUAUUCAUAUUGUGUGAAUCUUGUAUAAAAGUUUUGAAAAUGCAGCAAUUACGGGUUUUCUCUCUGGUAUAUGGAGCAUUCAGUGACGCAGGGUUAAUAAUUUAAAAACUUAUUGAUUUUCUGCGGCCCACCGCACCUGAAAUACUAAAAAAAAAAAAACAGCUGUGUUUGCAACGACAACACAGUAAUUUGGUGGGAUUUUAUAAGACAAGCAGAAAAUAUGGAAGAACGAUGUUAUCUUAAUGCAGUGCAGUUCUCUUAAUUAAUCAUUUUUUUCAUAUAUUUCAAGCAGUUCCGAUUUAAACAAAGUACCGACAUAGGCAUGCUUUGCCAAGCAUUCUGAAAUAUUCUGAGCCUGCACUAAUGACCCUUUCACACAUUGCUAUCUAAUGCCGGGGUAAUAGUAUGCAGCGCUUAAAACAUUUGUAUUAUUAAGCGCUUUAUAAAUGUUGCAUAUAUAUUAUUAUUAAUGCUUUCUGAUAAACAAAUAUAAAUGUUUACUGGUCUCAGUAUAAAGGAUAAACAUAUCUAGAAAUCAACAAACUUCCUGUCUGGGUCAGAAGUCCACUUUCAAAUUGCAUUUAAAAUCUUAAAUACAACUGUCUACUGAGAGUUGUUAGAUGGAAGCAGAUUUUGCUGUUGGAUGGCAGUUAACAUGUGACAGGGUCUUUAAGACCGAUAAGACAUUGCAAAACUUGUGUAAAAAUAUUAGUGUGUAGGGCUCGGUCGAAGACCCUGCCCAAGGUUUGAUAACAUUAAGCUUGGCAAUCAAUUGUAGGGUUGAUUUCUUAAUGAAUUGCAUUAAUCGUUGUGUACGAGCAAU